AGAACGAAUAUCGGGUGUCAACAGUGAAGUCACUCCUGACACUGUGAGUCUGAUGUCAAAAUGGCAGCGAUGAACCUGAAACUGAUUCUGUGCAUCCUCCCUGGUCUGAUAGCCGUUUCGUCAGCGGCACGUCAGUACCAAGCAGGGUUUCAAGCUAUGUCAAGCGGUUAUCCACACGCCGGCCUUGUCAAAGUGUACAUUGAUGGAGCUUGGGGAACAAUCUGUGCCAGUGAUUGGGAUAUGAACGAUGCCGAAGUAGUCUGUCGAGAAUUGGGCAAAGGCUAUCCGAAUACUAUCACGGUCAGCGGUACCCUACCAAGUUUUGCAGGUCCCAAGUGUAUAUCUUCGGUGAAAUGCUACGGUCAUGAAGAGCGCCUCUCUGACUGCAUAAUACCAUCAAAGAUAACAAGAGCGAACGGAAACAAUGACAAGGGCAUAGUAUGUUUUCCUCCCCCAAAUGAUGCGGGUUUGCGGCUUAGAUACGGACCUGAUCAGUAUUCAGGCUAUGUAGAGGUCAAGCUGUCAAGUGGCAGUUGGAGUAAAUUGUAUCUUUAUUAUUAUAAUUAUAAUUGGGAUUUGUCUCGGUAUCAGUAUAUUCCGAACAUCUGUCGUCAGCUUGGAUUCGGGGAGCUCAACUGGUGGGAUAGUUUUGAAUAUAGCAGCACGUACAGUAUGACAAAGGUGAGGAGAUGUCCUUACGGAGUUGCGGACCACCGAAGCUGCAUAUUUUAUCCCGAUGGAUGUACAUUUAUCUAUAAAAAUAACAUUUCGUACAUGUUCAUUAGUAAUGAAUUUCAGAAACUAUCAGAACUCUUCAUCAUGGAUUGUACUCAACCCAUCACAUUACGUAAACAUGGAGAAGGUAAAUAUUAAUUGUUAUCAGAUCUUUACGGAAACUGCAUGUGAAGCGAAUAAGAUUUUGUUGAAGCGGCAUUGGGGAACUUGGCAUCUGAUAUUGCCGAAGACCCGAGACGGAAUUAAAUUUUCAGUGCAUGCCAACAAAUGAACUGAAAAACGUCAGGCACACGCUAUUCAUGUGUGUAACCAAGGACCAAUCAAUAGGUUUAUGGUGUAACUCGGUAUGAACAAAAUGCGUCUUUACUCAAGAGUCGGGUAUUCUCUUCCCUGAAGAGGGACCGUUAAGCGGAACGUGCCUCUGAGAGUGUCUGAGUCAUGUGAGGACACUGGUGCAGGCCAGUCUGGUUGCAUAUGAUAUAACAAGUCGGCGAUUUCUUAUUAACUGACAACGCCUGGCGUUAUCAUUUGUUUCAUGUUUGAAAGCCUGCCACUGACUUCCCUGCUAGUACUGAUAUGUAUGCUCCAAGGUGUCUUGUGUUUCCGACCUAUGGUAGGUCCACGGUAGCUCUUCGGCUAUGUAAGCCUCUGUCACUCUAGGACUAACAUCAAUCCAAGUAAGAGAUCUCUUGACAAGUCAAGAUUGUCAUUUACUGGGCAACGCUGUGGCUUAUCCAACCCUAGUAGACUAAAAUGCAGGUGGAAGCAGCAAGUAUAUCUUUGUUGUCGCGCUUAACGAAGUCACGCCUCUGAAAUGGCAUCGCCUAUAUCCUCUCGUAUUGCUUUGAGUCGUUGAUAUUCUACGAUCAACACAUGUCUGGUGGAUUUUUUUUUCUUCAAGAAAUAACUUGUCGAAUACAACUACCAAACCGAAGGGCAUAUGUAUUGGUUAUUUAGCCCAAACUGUUUGACUUCUCACAAUUUCAAACACAUAGCUUACGUUAAGUGUUUCAACUAGGAUAAAGCUUGUGCCUCUGGCUAGAAACGACUAUCAACUUGGACCCUAUCCUUUCGUAUGACGCCCCUGAACGCGUGUUCAUCACUCUUUCUAUCUUACAAACUCCUGAUGAGUCAGAUGGGGUUUGGUAAUCACUUUGCGUUUAGUCAAGAUAUCCUGUCUCUGGAAUUACCUUCGCAGGAGAUUUAAAGACUGUAUUUAAUAUGCCAGAGAAGCGAGCAUGAAUGCCCCCGUUUGACACAGACUGCGUCUUUGGCAGGGGGUUCCGUUCUGUCCUAAAAUAAAUGAAGUUCUUUUGUGCAUAUAUAUUUUUUUCCUGCUGAGAUAAACAAAGAAGCCUGGAUCGAUGGCAAGUUUUCAGGCAUGUCCUACGCCAAUUCUGAGGGUAUGGACAGAGCCUAUGAACACAGCCUAUGAAAUACAAUUCUAUUCCACUCUAAUGCUGACGGUGCCUUCGGCCUUUCCUUCGCUUUUGGGUCAAGUUCGAGGAGCUUGGCAUGCUUGCCUAUGACAACCUCGUUGUGAAGAAGAACACGCUGUCUCUUGUUAGUCUCGUAUUGAUGUAGUUGGCAAGUCCAGUUGUCUUGGAAUCUAACAACAGGGGUCAACGUGUCUGUCCUAGAUGAAUGUUCCACAUUUGGAUAUCCAAAAUCUUUAUUACCCCGCAGGCUGAGAGGCAAUGGCCGUAUGGCGUUUGUUCUAUGGCCUGAGAUUGAAAGCCGAAAAACAUGCUAAAUAAUCCUUUAGGAGCUAUGUGCUCACCAUCCGGUUCAACCCUUGACCAAGAAGUUUACACUUCCGUUGCUGACCCCAGUUGCCAUUGGCAGCUGGAAUAGCUCUACCCACUGCCAAGAGAACGGAAUUAGACAUUGUAGCAAUACAACGCUUGAAGUAGUACAUAUCGCCAUACAGAGCAUAAGUAGUCAUUAACAAAGACUACUCGCAACAUUUGAACCACAAUCAGCAGUCUUUUUAGAACGAUUCGUUACUGCUGUCUUUGCGAAACCCCCCUUCUUUCGAAGUGCAUAUGUCUACGAGUGCAAACGUCCAAAUACCUGCAGAUUGUGCUUCAUAUAUUGUGAGAAGUCUUUGUUAAGGACUUAUGCUCAAUAUGGCGAUAUGUACUACUUCUGGCGUUGUAACGGCAAUGUCCAAUUUUGUCUUCUUGGCAGUGAGUGUGUUGAGCCAUUCCACGCUUGUCGGUCUGAAGGAGUAGAGUUAACCAUGAAGUCUUGUAAAGGUCAAGCUGGAUAAUGGUAGUUGAAUAAAUGUUUAUCGGUGAUGGUAGUUAUUAUAUGGAUUUUUUUAAGCUGGACAAACUAAUUCGAAGGAGAGUAUACUAAUCAACAGAGUAACACUACGUAAUAACAAAUUGGAAAAAAUACACAUUUGCAGACCAUCAUGGUUGCAGAUUGUAUCCCAGUGACUGUUGAUACGUGGAGCUGUAAUAGCUCCAUGGUCGAAAAAAAACAAAACAAAUGCACAUGUAUUAAGUUCAAAGCCGUAUUGAAUUUGAAAUAUUUGACAUUUAAUUCAUAAAUCAUUUUCAUAAAAGAAACAAUGGUAAUGGUGAUAGUAGUGAAGUUCUUACCCGAUUGCUAAGAAAGCAUGAAUGCCUUUAAGCAACCUGCCACCGAGAACCUGGUCAUGAGACUAAGGGGGCCUUAUCAAAGGGCCAUAGCGAACCAAGUUGCUAUCAAACCAAUGUCAUGUGAUUGCAAAACCACAACUCCUAUUGACUAAAUUGUAAGGACUAUCUAAAAGUAAUUAUUUUUUUAAACAUAUAAUUCAAUAUUUUGUUUAAUGCGCACUUAAGGGUCUCUUAAUAGCAAAUAUCAACAAAAUGUUAUUCACCGAAUAUAUUGUAUGGAUACAUACUGCCUCAUUUUUACUCUGUUCAAUCAUUUCCAUCACAAAACAACAAGCCCCUUUCUGUAGUUGGUGCUUUCUGUCUAUAUUCGGGCAAGGUAGAGUUCAAUCUGACAAUGACAAUUGAAAUAAACUGAAUCUUUGGUAUAAUUUGAAUUCUCGGUAUCAGUAUAUUCCGAACAUUUGUCUUCAGCUUGAAGUUGGGAAAGCUCAAUGAGUGGAAUAAUUUUAAAUAUAGCCUCAUAUACAGUAUGAAUUUAGUAUAAAUGAAGGGAAUUGAGGCUAUAGAUUACCAAUUUCGACGGUAACGAAUGAAGAAGCGCUAUUGGUAUAAUCUUCCAAAUAAAAACUUACAGCUUGGGC